AUGCAGAAAUAAUUAAGUGCUUAUGAUUAGUACUAUAUUUAUUAAUAUUUAACAUAGAUUAGAGUAAUUUUUCUAAAGAAGUGAUAUUAAGAUUGAUGAAUACCAAUCUGCUUUUUCUAAUUAGAUUGUUUUAUUUGCCUGCUCUAAUCUGGAUCAAAAUAAGACUUUUAUAUAAUUUUAGAUGAAUCCAAUCUAAACAGAAAUAGGUACUCAUCAUUGAAUAUUCAGCCACUGUUAAUAUACCAAAUGCAAGAAUAUUUCCUUUCAAAGAUUUGCAAAGUUAAGAAAUAGUUUAGAAAUUUUAGUAAAAUUCAGACAUUAUUUUGUACUCAUUCAUGCAUUCUUAUGAUACUAUUUCAGUUAGUUAUCUUGAAUUUUGUGAAUUGUUUGCUAUCACUUACAAUGGAUAUACAAUAAUAAUAGGUAAUGAUCAAGAUGUUAAUAAAUGGAAUCCUCCUAAUAAAGAAAGAUUUUUUGAAGUUGUUUAUACUUUCUUUGGAAUUUUAUCAAGGUUAAAUAGGGCUCUAUAAAAUUUUAAAAAAGAUCUAAUUAAUAGAAGCUUAAUUGGUAUGUUUAACUAUAAAUCAAUAUAAUGGCUUGGUAUAGUAGAACAUUAUGGAUCAGAAAAAUUAUUACAACCUGAUAUAGUGAAAAACUUUUUAUAAAAAUAUAACUUAGAAUUUGUAUUUGUCAAAUGCUAUUAAGGUGUCAAUCUUAAUUCUAUACAAUAAAUUUAUCAAGAAAUUAGAAAUUAAUUAAUAUUUGAUUUUAAUGAUAUGAAUAUUGGAUCAACUCUGUAUUUUUGGAGUUCUAAAUAAUUUUUAGGAAGCUAUUUCAUCCCACAUAAGCAUUAUGAAAUAUUAGAUACUGUUAAAAAAAUGUUUAAAGAAAGAAAAUUUAUCAACUAAUAAUAAAGUCCAUAUUCUUUCCUUAGUGACUAUGAUCUUAACAGUAGUGAAAUAGAAUUUUAUAAAAAAUACAUAAAUAGAAUUUUACGAGAUAAUAGUAGUGNUAUUAUAAUCUAAUUAUUCAAAUUCAUUUUAUUUUUAUGA